AUGGCCACCGAUUCCCAGGGGCCUGGCUCCCUCGGGAACAAGGCAGCCGCCUCAGAUGGCUUGCCAAACAUGGUGAUGCCAUAUGAACCUCAGGACCCCGCUGUCAUCGCUGAGAUGGUCCGCGUGCUCGAAGAACAUACAAAGAGUGGCGGCAAGGGUCGUUUCCGGAUUAAGAAGACCAAGUUUUCUGUUGCCGGAUCUCCUUCCAAGGCCACUGUAGAUUCCUGGAAGCUACAGGACUGGGACUACAAGAAGCCUGGAUUGCCUACAUAUGCCCGCGGGCUCUUCACCACGCGACUCCCAAAUAAUGUCCCAGAAAUUGCCGUCAGAGGUUAUGACAAAUUUUUCAACGUCGGCGAGGUGCCGGAAACGAACUGGGAUAACAUCAUCAAGAACAGCAAGGGUCCUUACGAGCUCAGUCUGAAGGAAAAUGGCUGUAUCAUCUUCAUCUCAGGGCUUCAUGAUGACACCCUGUUGGUGUGUUCGAAGCAUUCCACUGGCGCGCGCAGUGAUAUUGAAAUCAGCCACGCCAACGCCGGUGAAAAGGCUCUCGAUAAGCAACUGGCCAAGAUUGGCAAGACCAGAGCGGAUCUUGCACGGGAGCUGAGGGAGCGCAACGCUACCGCUAUUGCCGAACUUUGCGACGACAGCUUUGAGGAGCACAUCUUGGCAUAUGGCCCCGACAAGGCCGGCUUGUAUCUUCACGGCAUCAAUGUGAACCAGCCCUACUUUAUGACAUAUCCAGGGGCGGCAGUCAACUCAUUUGCCGACGACUGGGGCUUCAAACAGACCGGGUUGCUCAUAAUGGACAACAUCAACGAGGUCAAAACGUUCUUAGAAGACGUAGCGGAAACUGGAGCCUAUGGCGGCCGAGACGUCGAGGGCUUUGUUAUCCGCUGCAAGCUGACAGGUCGGCCCAAUACCGAUCCUGGAACAUACUCGGACUGGUUCUUCAAGUACAAGUUUGAAGAACCUUAUCUUAUGUACAGGCAGUGGCGGGAAUGUACCAAAGCCCUCAUUGCUGGUCACACCCCGAAGAUCAGGAAACACAAAAAAAUCACUGAGGAGUACUUGCACUACGCAAAAACACGUCUGGCCGCUGACUCCAGCCUCGCAAAGGCCUAUAACCAAAACCACGGCAUCAUCGCCCUCCGGGACGAUUUUCUGAAACACAAAAACAUGAAAGGUUCCGAUGCUGCUAAUCUCGAUCGUGAUGUCGCACCCAACGAGCCGGAGCCUGACGGUUCGGUCGUUGACAACGUGAUCCUCGUUCCGAUCGCAACCAUUGGAUGUGGAAAGACGACCGUUGCCGUCGCCUUGAGGACUCUGUUCCCUGAAGCUUUUGGCCAUUUCCAAAACGACAGCAUAACACAGAAAAAGGGAAGGCCGGCUAUAUUUACCAGGAACGUGCUGGAACAACUAAAGACGAAGAGGGUCGUCAUUGCCGAUCGUAACAAUGCAUGGCGCCGUGAGAGGACACAAAUCCUGGGCGACGUCAAGAAUAUGCUGCCCGCAGCGAAGCUGGUGGCAGUUCACUUCGACCACGACAACAGCAUGGAAGUUCGCAAGCUGACAUACGAGCGUGUCUUUCAGCGCGGCAACAACCAUCAGAACAUCAAGGUUCAAGAGCUCGGUAAGGCAAAGGUCAUGGAGAUCAUGAACGGCUUCCUGGAUGGACUGGAGCCAUACAACGCGUUCAGCAAACCCGAUUCAGACUUUGCCGCUGCUAUCGGUCUAGACCCUCUUGCUGGUAGCCGGAAGAAUCUGGAGGUGGUGAUUUCCAAGUUAGACCAGUUUUACCCAAACCUGCUCCCUCGCGUGCCCACAGCAGAGGAGAUGGACAAGGCGAUCGAGACUGCGCUCGCAUAUGAUCCCAAGUUGGAGCAGUUGGCAGUUCUGCCCGCAGCUGCUAACAACAACAAGGGGGGUGUUGAGUAUAUGUCGAUUGAUGUCCCUGCCCAGGCCGUUUUGGCCGCUCUCGAGGAUGUCUUCAAGGAUGCCACCCCCGAGGUGGGCCGCAUGUACAAACACCUAAAGCAGCAGCGCCGGAUCCAGCCAGCUUUCCAUGUGACGCUGAUGCAUAAAUCCGGAGCGAAGACGAGCCCAGAGAACCAAGAGCUUUGGACAAAGUACAUUCAGACCUUCAAGACGGCUCAGGAUGAUGCCAAGUCAAAGGGCAUCGUAUUCAGGGUCACAGAAACACCCAGCUUGGGCGAAUGUGAAGUGCAACUUGAGCGCGUGGUCUUUGACGACAGGCUGAUGGCGAUCGUGGUGCGUAUAAUCGACAAAGACGACAAGUGGAAGUGUAUAAACAGGGUUCCGCACAUCACGAUCGGUACUCUCGACAACACAGUGCCCCCCAAGGAGAGCAACGAUAUGCUGGCUCUUUGGAUCGAUGGACAGCAGGAGGCUCGUCGCGGCACAAUCCGCGAGGCUGGCAUCGAAGGUCGUCCAAUUGUGAAAGGCAUAGUCAAGGCAGUGCUGUCAAAAUUCUGA